AGGGCCGGAAGCACCGGGGCGAGCGUCUAAUCCCUAAUACCCAAUUUUGGUGGCGCGCACCUGGCAAACUGAUGAUUGUGUGGGACGUCUAAUCUCUAGUCGCUCACCCCUCUACUUUACCACAGGUCUAGAAAUCGAUUUGAGGAAAUCUGAUACCAAUGAGCGGGCGGGGAGACAACCCUACCGCUAAUAUCCCUGUUUACGGAAGUUCUGUCCCGGCCUCCUCAGACUGGUGUCGGCUUCCUUUUUCUCCACACCUCUAGCCGCCUUGUUUCUAUCGUUUUCGGCACCUGCCCUUCCCCAGCGCCCCCACCACCCCGAGCACUAUGUAUGAUCGGGCUCCCCGCCUGCUCAAAUUGGCUGAAGGUGGCAGCACUGAGGCCCAUGUGGGUCCUGGAUCCUACCAGGUACCUUUCCUGAAGCAGCAAGCGACAGGUAGUUAUGCACCAUUUCUUUCUUUGACUGCCAGAGAAAGUACUUUUACCAUUGCCUCUAGCAUUGAGAAAGCUGUUCCAGGUCCAGGACACUAUAAUGUUUCAGAAGCACAGAAAAUUUCAAGAUCACCUACACUUACCAGAAGUGUUGAUGUUCCUUCAAUUCCUUCUUGUGGAAAGUCAUAUGGUUAUGAUAUUAAUGAUGAUGGCAGUAUUAUAAAAUGUUUUCCACCUGCUAGUGACAGUACACUUGGUCCAGCGUACUACAAACCUCAAUUUGGUGUUUCCAGUGCAACUUUGAAAUACAAAGGUAUACAUUUUGGCAACUCUUCAGGAAGACGAGAGUUACCUAAAAAGUCAGGUCCUGGUCCAGGACAGUAUGAUAUAGUCCAGAAAAAGAAAUCAUAUUAUGAAAAUGUUAACGUCAAGAGAGAUCAACAACAAAAUUAUUGCUCAUUUAUCCCACGACUAUAUGAAAUAAUAGUAUUGCAGGAGAAAAAAAAGAGAUUUUUACCUAUGAAAUCAAUCACGCCGGCUCCUGGCACAUAUAAUGAACCUCGAACUGCUCUCAAGUCCUUGAAGAAAACAUCAGGACUGAAAAAUAUUCCAUUUGGUCAAAGUGCUGUUCGAUUCACACAAGACAUCAGGACAGAGGAAAUGCCAGGUCCUGGAUUUUAUAAUGUCUUGAACAAUACUAUAAUUGCCAGUGUUAGAAAUAUCUGCUCAAAGAAACAGAAGAAAAGUGCAUUUGGUUCUUCUGUUCCUCGGACUUUCUUCUGGGUUCAGAAAGAAGCUUGUGCUAACCCUGGACCUGCUGAUUAUCAGGCAUUUUGGCAUUCACAGGGUGGUGGAAUUUCUGAUGAAUUACCUAACUUGACUAACAAAUAUGCUGCUUUCUUGUCAAGAGCCAAAAGAACUAUGAAAGUAUCAGAUAUGGUUAUUCCAGCGCCAGGCAGCUAUGAUGUUCACAAAUCAUAUGAGAUGUCCCAAGUUAAGCAUGAAUAUAUGCCACCUCGUAGUUUAGUGGCUAAAGGAAAACAUGCCUCUUUUCUUAGUGCAACUCCUCGGUGCCUAGAAAAAAUGACUGAUGGGCCAGGUCCUGCAGCAUACAAUCCUGUUUUAAGGAAAUCUUGCCCCAUACCCUUAUUUGUGAAAUCAUCAAAGCGCUUUGAAGAGUCCAAAGAGAUUACUCCAGGCCCAGCAACAUAUGAGAUGAAUAAUACAGAGGAAAGCCCAUGUGGACUAAGGACAUACACAUGGAGCAUGGAGGUGAUAAGACCACUUCUUCAGGAAUGACCAGAAUAGCAUAAAAGAUCAAUGGAAGCAUUGGUAAAAAGGAAGACGGAAAUCUCAAACUUUCAGGCAGUAAUUUAUCAUUUGGAUGAGCCUAAUGCGAAAAGCAGCGCAGUGAAUGAUGUGACAAUAUGAAACAACAAAAUAGUGAAUGAUUAAUGAGCGACAAAUUGAGAGGAAAAGAAAAAGGAUAACGGUUUCAUUAUGGUGCAAAAGAGAAUUUGACGAACUCAUCCAAGAAAGCAACCAUUUUUUUCCUCCGUCUUAGUUGAACGCCUUUAAAAAUGAACAAUUAUACUGCUUUCAAGGAAUUUCAUAAGUUUAAAAUAGUUAAACUUCUAUAGAAUUUCAAUAAUUAAGGGUUACAAAUAUGCUUAAAGGAUUUUGAAGCUUUAAUAAUCAAAACUGUAUAAAAAUUAUGCUGCAAUUAUUCAGGGCAAAUUUAAAAUGAGAAAAAAACCCUGGUAUUUUGAUAAGUAUAAAAGUUAUAAAAUAAAACAUAUUUAUUAAAAAUGGCAAUUUAAUGAAAUACAGUUUUACAUUGAAUCUAGCUAGGAAAUUUUAGAUCACAUGUUUUAUGGAAUUGAUUUGUAUUGUCUGACAUCUAAUUUAUAGCUGGUCAUGAAUUCAAAUUCUUGGCACUGCUUUUUUCUAACUAUGUAGCUUGGGAAAAUAUCUUAAGUUUUCUAAGUUUCUUAAGAUUCAAUUUCCUUGUAUUCUAAUUUGACCUAACACACUCUAUCUGCCAGAAUUAUUGUGAAGAAUUAAUGAGCUAAUAUCUGGGACAGAAACAGAAAAAGCCUAGUACCUGUCACAGAACACACAUCCACAAUGUCAUUUUCCUCCCAUUAUCUCAUUAGUCUCAAGAAAAAGUUAAAAAUCCAACCUCAUCCAAAAUCCAAUCAAAAUUAAUCAGAAUAAGGGAAGUUGAGCAAACUGGUUUCCAUUAACUUCAAGUGCAAAGUGUUUUCCACACUCCUGGGAUUUACAUGACGGAGAAGACCAGAUUCCAGUGAACUUCGCCUAACACAAAUUAGAUACAUAUCCUUUUCCUUGAGGACGUUAACAUUUAGUAAACAUUAAUGAAAAAAACAAGUGUUACAUGCCUAAUCAUGUGCUACAUAUGCCUAAUCUGAAUUCAUCUUUAAAUAGGGAACAGUUUGAAUGGAAAAUUCAUGUUUUGGGUUCCUACUUGUGACGUGUAAUGAUAAUAAUUUGUGUAUUCCAGUAAAAUUCCAUGCCUUUUGAAAUGUCUCUAUGUGAAUAUGUUGACUAAAAUGGGUCAUUUUAGAAAGAUUUAUGAAGUUUGAUAACUGGAAAAAGUCCUAAGAAUGGCCUAAUUUAUGUAAAUAAUAUACACAAUGAUAAUAGAAAUGUAACUAAUAUUAGUUUGGUAAUAAUGCUUUCACUUCUGAAAAUACAAACAAGUCUGUAGAGUCACAUGCACAAUGGGGGAAAUAUUUUUCUGACUAUGUCUGUAGAACUUUCCAAAAGUGGAAUCUCUAAGUUGCUUUUUUUUUUUUUUGGUAUGGACUUUUAAUUAAUGACACCCCUGUAGAAAAAUAGAAUUUAAAAAAGGGGGGUAGGGGACUACGGAAGGGGUAACAUUAGGAGAAAUACCUAAUGUGGAUGAUGAGUUAAUGGGUGCAGGAAACCACCAUGGCACGUGUAUACCUAUGUAACAAACCUGCAUGUUCUGCACAUGUAUCCCAGAACUUAAAGUAUAAUAAAAAAAGAAAAACAUAUAAGAGACUUUAACACAUUAAAUGGCCAUUUUGAGUUAACUCCUAAAACUAAAAAUGAAUGUCCUCAGCAUUUUUAAAAGAACAGCUAUGGCAGUGAAUGAGAACCAGAGUAAUUGGUGGAGUGAGGGAUGAGGAUGGGGCUGAGUAAUAGGGUGAUAAAUUGAAAGGCUUUCAGUAUGGAUUUGACUGAAUGACCUGGGGGCCCAGAUCACCUGACUCCUAACCGAAUUAUUUUCCCUGUAAUAAAAGUUUAUAUUCUAAGCAGAGAAAAUAUGGAUGGAUGGAUGGAUGAAUCGAUGGAUGGAUGGAUGGAUUAUAGAUAUGAAAAUCUUUCUGAAUUCUAUUACAUACUUUGUGGAGAAAAUUAUUUUCAGUAUUAGUUAUUCAUCUGGGUUGUAAUAGAGUGAGUCAUUUGAGCUGAGUUGGAAAAUUUUCGUUAAACAUAAAUUGUCCCAGACUGUCAUUUUGUUCUCAAUGUUUCAUUCUGCAGUGUUUGGUUCUCUCUUAUGUCAAACUGUCAGAAAUCAUCCUGUGGUCAGUACACCUGCCACAGCAGUCACUUCUUGUCUUCCCAGGGGAAACAGGAUAGUAUACUUACAGUGAAAACUGAAUGAACCUUGGAGUUAGACAAACCUCAGCUAUACCCUGGAUCUCCCAUUAUGGGCUAGCUACUCAAACUAAAUGAAGCUCUCUAUCUUUACCUGAAAAAUGAGGAUAACAGGAAGUGCCUGUUGUGUGAAUCAAGUGAACAAAAUUUAAAAAAUAUGUAACAGAAUUCCUGAAACACAUAUAUAUAGUCAAUGGAACUUUUCUCCUUUCUACAUUCUCCCAUGCUGUUGAAGGCAUGCCUUUGUUGUUGCUGUGUUGUUGGAGAGUGCUAAUCUAGCUUGAUAAGGUGUUAUAUGAAAUAGUGGUAAAUUGGCUGUGAUUGGAUGUCUGAGAAGCUCUUCAGUGUGUUUACAUUUGACUGUUUUGGCUGCCUACAUCUAAGUUUUUGUCUGUUUUCUGAAUAAUUGAGAUUUUUUGAACAUGUGAAAUGUCACCACACUGUUGCAAAACUCCAUAUUCUUUAUGUUCCUGUGUUAAGAUAAAAAUCCCAUGUGUCAAAUUGAUAACGUGAGUUUUUCCUACCCAUGUAUGUCAUAAGGAAAUCACUGAAAAAGUUAAAUAUAUCAAUUAACUUAUUUAUCAUAUAGACUAUAAAUUUUCCCAGAUUGUUGGGGGUUUUUUUUAGUACUUUACCUAGCAUACAUUUUAAUUUAGUCAAACUGGUUUCAUGUGUAUUUUACUAAACAUGCUUCAGACAUGGUACCAGUUCAAUAUUCGAAUUUAAUUUUGAUAGAUUAUUAAACAUUUUAAAAUUAUACUAGUUUUACUGAGUUCUGUUUUUAAUACAUUUUAGGAAUUCUGAAAAAUAGAAUUCCCACAGAAAGGAAUCCUAAGAAAAUUCAUUGUGAAGAAUGAGGUCUUAUUUGGGGGAUUAAUUAUAAUCUGGAACUUUUACUUAUAAUCUGGUAUUUCACAUAUAUUAUAAGACACUUAUAUUGAAUUAUAGAAAUAUACAAACAACAAUUGAAAAGUGUAACUUCUGUCUCUCAAGAUAUGAUUAUCUCAUCUCCUGGCUUCUUUUGUGUUUGUUUUAAGGCAAUAAAUACUUGCUUUUCUCCUCCUGACCAUGAGAAAAUGAUCUUUAUUUAAUAUAAAUUUGAUUUAUAUUUUAUCUUUUUAAAUUAUUGUUUUGGUUAUAUCUGCUCAAUAAUAGAAAAAAAUUAUGGCUUAACUGAUAUUGAAUUAUUUCAAAUAUUACAACAAGAAAGCAUACAGAAAUCACAGUACAGAGAUACAAAAUGUAUAAAAUAAAAAGUUU